CGAGAGAACAGAAGAAACACGCACAAGAAACAGAUCGAGAACGAGAUGCUGUAGCAGUGCAAUCAGGAAGAAGAACUCGUCGAUCAACGCAAGGUAAAUUCGAUUUCUACUCGUCGAUCAACGCAAGGUGAAUCACUUGUCUUGAUUGUGUGUGAGAGAGAUUGGUGAGAUUGAGUGCUGGGUUGCCUGGUUAUUGACCGAUGUACUCUGUUGCGUUUAUAUCACUUUUAUUUUCUGAUUUGCGAGAGACUGUGAGAUUUCUUGUGAGAGUUAUUGUGUAUCUCUGUAAAUCCAUUGUCUAUUAUUAGUGGAUUGACUAGGGUGAAGCCCAGCCGUGUAGGAUUGUUUUGAUCCGAACACGUAAACGCCGUGUUCAUUUUUCUGUUUGCGUUGUGUGUGUAAUUUUCGUUUCUUUGAUUUUGUUCGGAUGUGGAUCUUGGUACUGCCGUGGUUUGGUUGUGUGUAUUUAUUUCACAGGUAUUAACACUUUCAAUAUUAAUCUGGAAAAUAUCUUCUGGGAUUGCACAUAGCCGUAUAUUCAAUCACGACACUUUUUUCCUUCUGACCAGACUACCUGUGAAGAUGAUACAUGAAAAUAUGAGAUGUUUAUUUUUUUAUUCCUUUAAUUUUUUUCCUUAAGAAAAUUUGAUAAAUGCGGUUUCAGUGAUUUCACUUCAUGGAGAAGAACUACCUUCAAUUUGAGUUAGCAGUGAGAAACUUCCUAAUUAAUUCUUUGAUUUUCUUAGUUGUUUAUAGUUGAGUUCUUUCAUUUAUCAAUUUGCUAAGCUUUACCAAUUGGUUGGGAGUUGAUGGAUGGAUUCAACUUAUAAAUUGCAUAUAUUAUUUCUUAUGCUACCUUGUCUGUUCAUUGGUAAAGCUUGACUUGAUCUAGAUAACCCUGACACCUCAUUCAAAUUUUCCUGCUGCUGUCAGCUGUGUGACAGUGAAUUGAUCACAUGGAUAAGUACGAGGUAUUUAGGUUUAUUGGAACAGUGGGUGGCUGUCGUCUUCUGAAAGCCCGUCAUCGUUCAUCUGGAGAUUUGGUCACUUUGAAGGAGGUUUCUAUAAAUCUAUCACAGGAGGGUGUACCAAGCUCUUUAAUCAGGGAAAUCUCCUUUUUGAUCGAGCUGGAUCAUAAAAACAUUGUGAAGUUGUUUGAUGUGGGGAACAUUGGAAGAAGAGUGUACCUUGUAUUGGAGUAUCUGCCGCAUGACCUGAAGAGCUUUCUGUUUUCAAAUUUUUUUCUUUACCUAGGCCGGACCCUGAUGAAAGGUCUUCUUUAUCAGCUUCUGAAAGGUGUUGCUUACUGUCAUUCACAUAAAACUAUCCACCGAGAUCUAACGUGUGAGAAUUUGUUGGUUGAUGAACGUGGAAAAAUAUUGAAGAUAACAAACUUUGGGUCAGCUAGGGCAAUUGACGUUCCCUUCAAAACAUAUACUGGAGGAAGCCAAGUAACAACUCUGGUGUAUAGAGCUCCAGAGCUCCUACGCGGUGAUUCAAAGUACUCCACUGCUGUUGACAUGUGGUCCGUGGGAUGUAUAUUUGCUGAGAUGGUGAGGAAGCAGACUCUGUUCAGUGCAACAACUGAGGAAGUUCUACUGAUCCAAAUAUUCAGCCUUUUGGGCACACCAGAUGAGGAAAUAUGGCCUGACAUCAAUGAAUUAUGCAAGCGUCUACGUGCUUAUGCUGAAAAUCAAGCUAAGACGUUGAAUAAAAGCAUUCCCCCCCUUCUGGAAACUUUUGACAAGAGUGAGCCCAAGGAACUGUCUAAAUAUGUCAAAGGUCUGGAAGAGUCUGGAGUCGAUCUUCUUUCUAUGCUGAGAGUGAAUCCAAGAACAAGAAUUACUGCUUCUGAAGCACUGAAACACCCAUACUUCCGCGACAAGGACAUGAAACCUGUCCUCAGAUUCUGACAUGUGGAACAAUCUGCUCUGUGUGAUUUCACUAGAGAACUAGUCUGUUUUUUGUAAUGCACUCAAAAGUGUAGAUCGUCUCUUGUUCACCUUGAAUAAGUACAAACUGGUUGGAUCAAACUCUCCCACUCUCUGUAUAGUUGGCCGUCAAGAAAUACUAUCAGCUAGCUACAAAUAAGCCCUUUGACUCAGAAUUUGACUUUAGAUGGUUAAUACUUUUUCGUCUCCGGGCUUCUUCUAUGUUUCAUUUCCAAACUGUAGCAAAGGAAAGAUUGACUUAACAACUUGAAAGGGAAGAGAUGGUAGUCUA